AUGUCCAUCCUUCCAAUAACCGCUGAAGACAUCGCGAAAGCUACGGCCGGCGAUGUGUCCCUCUCCAGGGUGGUAGACUACAUCGAGAAGGGUUGGCCCACAAGUGUUCCCGCUGAGUUGGCUCCAUACUCUCAGCGGCAGACAGAACUGGUAGUCCACAAGGGUUGUGUCCUAUGGGGCUUGCGUACUGUUAUUCCCCCUAUAUUCAGAGAAGCGAUGCUAGACAUCCUCCAUGACUAUCACGUUGGACAGUCUAAGAUGAAGAUGUUGGCACGUUCAUACGUCUGGUGGCCUGGGUUGGACAAGGCGAUCGAGAUGAAGGUGAAGCACUGCGACCCGUGUGCGGCAGUGGCCGCUCAAGAAGUACCGGUACCCUUAGACCAGUGGGAACCUCCAGACGGGCCUUGGGUCCGGCUUCACGCGGAUUUUGCUGAACUGCAAGGAGUCCAUUACCUAAUCGUCAUCGACGCAUUCAGCAAAUGGCCUGACGUUAAAUGCAUGUCCAAGACCACCGCCAGCAAGACAGUGGACGCAUUGGCUGACGUAUUUGCCCAGAACGGGUUUCCUGACGUCCUUGUUACGGAUAACGGACCCCCGUUUACCAGCGAGGUUCUCGAAAACUAUGUGCGAGCAAAGGGAAUCCGUCAUGUCUUCGCUCCUCCAUACCAUCCAAAAUCGAAUGGCCUCGCAGAGAACUUUGUACGAACGUUCAAGACAGCCGUUCGUCGUUCUACUUCGGAGGGAGGAGAACGGGAUCGAGUGCGCGAUUUCGUCUUCAAAUAUCGCGUUACUCCUCAUGCAACGACAGGUCGUCCACCAUGUGAACUUCUAAAUAGCAGACACUAUCGAUCGGUGCUGGAUCUGGUGUGUCCGGACAAGGUUCAGGACUUGAGCACGUCUGAGUCCUCGAGAAAAGCACCUGCUAGACAGAAGAGGAACCACGACGUUCGAGCCCGCGAUCGCAGCUUCGUAAUCGGCCAGAAAGUGUGGAUGCUCGACCCCGUCAAAAAAGGCUAUUGGAAAAUUGGUACGAUCGGCAACAAGCAGGGCUCCACGAUCUAUGUUGCGAAAGACGAGUUCGGCAAAGAACAGCGGGUCCACAAGGAUCAUUUAAAGCGGCGGGAAUCAACGACUACGUGGCUCCCGCAUGUCCCACAACAUGACAGAGAGCCAUUGCAGUCUCCAGGGAACAAUGCUUCUGAAGGCUUCCUUCUUGUGUUUCCUGACACGACUGAACCUGAAGGAGACAGCGAACAGUGCCCGGUUCCAGCGACAGCAGACUUUGCAGUUCCUCUAGCAAACUCAGCUGCCCCUCUAAAGACUUUCGGAGCUCGAUAUCCAACGCGCACGCGUUGUAAACCGGAGCGCUACGGAUCCUCUUAA